AUGGUGAGAGACAGGAGGUGUGAAGCCUCACUCGAGUGGGUGUGGGCUAUGGUGGAUAUUGGAGUCGGUCGUCCGGACCUGAGGGGCAGGAGACAGGGGAUAUUGAUGGACUCUAGCGCCAUGGCGUUGAUGGAUUGGAGGAGCAUCAUGAACGUGGCACACUCAGGGACGAACAGUCCCUAUUCUCUGUGCCUACGAUCUACUGGAACAGACAGGGGUGAUGAGUGGAUGGCAUGGGCUGCAAGGGAGCAGAUGGCUACUUGCAAGGUUGCCGAUGUCCUCGAAAACGCGGCCUCGCCUGACCCGGCUGGAAUGUGCUGA